AUGGUGAGACUGAAACUCCGAGCAGUAAGACGAGUCUUCAAGGAUAUGGGAGGACAUCAUCUAUCUAUUCAUGGGCUAAGCUCUACCGUUGAUGGUGGUUGGCGACGACGGCAGCAGCAACGGACGAACGAGUUCCUCUCCUGUCUUUAUGACGAACAGCAGCAGACCGAUGGAACUUGGCGACGAGCCGGUAUCAGAACGUCUGAAAUUGUCAUAGCAUGUUGCAGAGCCGGUAUCAGAACGUCUGAAAUUGUCAUAGCCUAUGAUCCUGUUUGGGAAAAUGGAACUGGAAAGGUUGCAACACCUGCCCAUGCACAAGGAUUUGGAACUUCUUGCUGCACAUUUAACUUUUUUACGUCUGCACUAAGUCUUAAGGAUGUUGUUCACUCUGAUGACUUUAGUAUUUUGUUGAACUCUUCACCUUCAUUGGAUCAAAGACUUUAUAAUUCGCCAACUGCUUCUCAAGUUGCUGCUGUAUGGAUUGAAGACUAUGAUAGAGUUGAAGAUAAUAGGAAUAUUAGGGUAUAUGCACAUUGUGGUCGGUCACAAAAUAUUCAAUACUAUUAUGGUUGUUAUGAUCCAUUACAAUACCCUUUGUUAUUCCCAUUUGGUGAUGUUGGAUGGCAUGAGGGUAUUCAAAGAGCCUUGCAAUCAAGGAAUUUACAACCUCUUGGUUAUGUAAAUUCUUUAUCUAUUAAUGCAAACACUCAAUUAUCUGUUGAUGAUCUAAUUCGAGAAGAGGAAGCGGUGUUUCGAGAAGGUAGGAAGCGCUCCUCAAUAUCGUGCAGAGAAUAUUAUGCAUACAAAUUUCAUAUUCGAGCAAGUGAUAAUUCUCUAUUAUUACAUACUGGAAGAUUAUUUCAGCAAUUUAUUGUUGACAUAUAUAUUAAAGUUGAAACACAAAGGCUAGAUUAUUUUAGGAAAAAACAACAGUUGUUUAGGUCUGAAAACUUUCAAGGCCUCGUUGAUAGCGUUGGAACGGGUGCUGUGUUUGGUAAUGAGGUCGGACGCAGAGUUAUUUUGCCAUCGUCAUUCAUUGGAGGUCCUAGAGAUAUGCGUGGUCGAUAUAUGGAUGCAAUGUCCCUUGUCCAAAACUUUGGCAAACCUGAUAUGGAUUUGCAAUACAAUGACGACGCACAAAAUAGGCCAGACUUGAUUGCAAGAGUGUUCCACGCAAAAUUGCAGGAACUUAAGAAUGAUAUUACAAAGAAACAAUUUUUUGGCGAAAUUGCUGCAUACACUUAUGUAAUCGAGUUCCAAAAGAGAGGAUUGCCACAUGCUCAUUUCCUUAUUAUUCUAAAAGACAAAUGUCAUGCAAUGUCUCCUUCUUUUGUUGAUAAUUUUGUAUCGGCAGAAAUACCAGAUAAACAUCUUCAACCUGCGUUGUACGAUCUUGUAAAAAAACAUAUGGUUCAUGGUCCUUGUGGUUUUCUUAAUCCAAAUUGCCCUUGCAUGACACAAAGGAAAUGCAAAUCCGCACCUACUUGUAAAAGUAAAUACCCCAAACUAUUUAGCGAUGCCACUGAGUUUGCUGAUGACUCUUACCCUAUUUAUAAGAGACGCAAUACACCCUUUUUGGUUCAUGUUAAAGGGUUUAAUCUUGAUAAUAGAUGGAUAGUGCCUUAUAAUCCCCAGUUAUUACAUAAGUUUGAUUGCCAUAUAAAUGUGAAAGUCUGUGCCAGUAUUAAGUCUGUGAAGUACAUUUAUAAAUAUAUUUACAAAGGCCAUGAUAGAGUAAGCAUGACUUUGGGUGAUAACACUGAUGAUCGUGUGAUUGAUGAAAUUAAAGAAUACCAAAAUGCAAGAUGGAUCUCGCCCCCUGAAGCUGCAUGGCGCAUAUUUGGAUUUGCAAUUGCAGAGAUGAAGCCUGUUGUUAUACAGUUGCAGAUACAUUUAGAAAACUCACAAUAUAUCAAUUUUUAUGGCCAUGAAAGGAUAACCUACAUAGUAAGUAGAGAAGAGUCGUCUCGUACUAUGUUAACUGAAUUCUUUGCAAUGAAUCUUUCAAGUGAUUUUGCAAGAACUUUGAACUUGCUUUAUGUAGAAUUCCCUUGCCAUUUUGUUUGGUGUAAGUCAAGCAAGUCUUGGAAACCUCGAAAACAGCUUACAGUUAUAGGCAGACUUGUUGCUGUUAAUCCAACUGAGGGAGAACGGUAUUAUCUACGACUGUUAUUAAUGAAUGUCAGGGCACCAACUUCGUUUGAUUGUUUAAGAACUGUCAAUGGUCAAAUCACUUCAUCUUUUCGUGAUGCUGCUGAGAAACUAGGAUUACUUGUAGGAGAUUUCAUUGUUGAAACAUCGUUGAAUGAAGCAGUAUUAUUCCAAAUGCCUUCAAGUUUGCGGACUUUUUUUGCAACGCUUCUCAUCUUUUGUGAUAUUUCCAAUCCUAUUUCAUUAUGGAUGAAAUACAAAACACACAUGUGUCAAGACUUAUUAAGGACAGGCUUGCACACCAAUGCUGAGGCUGAAUCAUUAGUCCUAAAGAUGAUUCCUAAUAUAGUACAAGAAAUGGGCAAGAAAACGAAAGACUUCUGCCUAUUUGAUCUAUUGGAAUCUUAUGAUUUCCCAGGACGUGUUACUAAUGAGAUUUUAGUUGAGAACAUGCGUGCACGGGCUGAUCCUACAUUUGCAAGUUACUUGAUGAAGAUAGGUAAUGGCACAGAACCUGCUAUUUACCAAAACAAAAUAAAAGUGCCUUCUCAAUUUCUUGUACAAAAAUGUGGAUCAAAGUCUUCGUUAUAUGCAUUGUUUGAUGAUGUAUACACUGAUUUACAUUGUUUCUUCAAUGACCCAUACCCACUGAUGGACAGAGCAAUUUUGACAACAAAGAAUGAAUUUGUUGAUGAGAUUAAUAUGCUUUUGCUGGAAAAGUUCCCUGGUGAAAAUAAAAGUUACAUCAGUUAUGAUGAGCCACUUGAUUCAAAGCUUAUGCAAUGGUACACGACUAAUAUGUGA